CUGAUGUGUGUGUCCAAUUUAGUGAGUUUUGAAGCAUGUUAAGGGGGUCAAAUUACAGCUCAAAGAGGCGGCGGAAUAAUAAUAAUAAAACGCUAGAAAUACAAUAGGGUCCUCUGUCCCAAAGGGACUCUGUCCCUAAUAAUAAUGAUAUAUUAAAGAGCAAAAUGGGGCCAUAAACAAUAUUUGGGGUCACUGUCUCUUGGUGCAUCAUUUUGCUUUAUAUGGUUUUGGUUCUUGAAUAGUCGAUGACGAAAGCUGAAAACAUGCAUUUCAAAUGCUAUUGGAUCUGAACGUGAGUGACCCGUGAGUCUCCUUAAAUCUGAUCCUCCUCCACCUGCUGAGGACGUGAAGAUUCUCCCGGCUCGUGACCGGUUAAGGGAGGAACCCUGACCACUCCUAAAAUAGCCUGACAGAGCGUAUAAAAAGAGGCAGAGGGAGGUCUUGCACCACUCUUGAUUCAUCCUGAGAACGUGAGGGGAUCCGAGAGAAGGAACAUUAAAGAACACCGACUUUCUCCGUGGGAUCUGACAGAAGGAUGAAGUACUACAGUUACCCCGUGUCUCAGACUGUGGGACUGGGCGCCUUCCCCCGGGACAAGUACAGAAGCUCUGCGUCGCAGAAGUGCCUCCGCAGUGUCCACUUCUCUCACGACGUCGUCUUCCAAGAUUUUGUACGGCACGGUGAGCUGGAGAGGAUCGGAUGCUUCAUCCGUGCCAGGAGAGUCCGCCUGGACACCAUCUACCACUCCGGUAUGGCGGCCAUCCAUGAGGCAGUUCUGUCCGGGAACCUGGAGUGUGUGGAGCUCCUGGUCCGCUACGGAGCAGACAUCCACCAGAGGGACGAGGAAGGGUGGACGCCGCUUCACAUGGCGUGCAGUGACGGCUUCCCUCACAUCGCACGCUACCUUCUCUCCCUUGGCGCCGACCCAAACCUGGAAAACGACAGCAUGGAGAAGCCCUCGGACCUCAUCGAGCCAGACAACAAGGAACUGCUGGACCUCUUUGGCCCGGUCGUCGACGGCUGAGAACCUCUGAGGUUCCGUCUCUCGACUCGGAGACGGGCGGAGAAGCCCGGGCGAGUUCGGCAUCUUGGAGCGGAGAGCUGCCUCAACUGAGGAGGCGACGGCGGACGCCCGACGAAAGGAGGCCCAACGGAGCUGGCUGCAUCCUUUGGUGGACCUCCAGGAACCAGCUCUGGUUUUUAUGCUGCGGUGACUUUCAAUCAACACUUUGGUCUAAUUUGACAUGAUACUGGAGAAGGUGGACAAGACACAGGUUGUGGCUCACAUGAAAUACUUCCAUCAGUGCACUUCAAUAAGUACACUGUGUCCUCCAGUCACAAUUUUUACCUGCUUCUUCUUCUUCUCUUUUUUUGUACUCAUUGAGUUUACAGCAGUGCACACUGAAUUGUGUAGACUCUUUUUAUGGACAACAUCCAUGUACUGACAGAGCACUGCGUCUAGUUCAGGGGUGUCGAACUCAUUUUAGAUCGGGGGCCACGUGGAGAAAAAUCUACUCCCAAGUGGACCACAAAGCACAACACUCUUUUCAACUUUUAUUGUCAAUCUUGUGCUAACAGGUUAAAUUCCGACGCGUUUUCUUUCCCGUGCGCACACGUCUUUUACUUUCUCGUUCUACGUCAAUAAUCUUUGAGGCACGGUAUACUCAUAAAACAUAGACUAAAACAAACUACAACCAACGCUAGCAAUGGUUACACGGGUGAAAAUAAGUAGAGCAUGCUUAGCAGCCUAAUGUACGCCCAAAAUUAAAGCUGAGACAUUUUACCAAGGUAUGCCUAUAGGCUCUUUCAAAUGUUUCAGAUUGCCAUAUAACUUGGUACAUGUAGUCCACAAUAUGCAAAACGCGAAUGAGGAAUUAUUUUGUCAUGUGAUUUGGCUGUCUCCAUACGCGUCACAUUGCCAUGACAAUAUGGUUAACUUACAAAAGUUGUUUAACAAUUUUGUUUAUUUACAAUUACAUGCUAGCUCUCUCGCCAGAAUGGCCGACUAGCGUUGCAGACAGCGUCUUCUGCCACGAGUCGUUGCACAGUCCAUCUUCACAAAGGUAUUUUCCUCUGGUUUAUAAGUAAAACGUCGGACUGGUAAAAUCACGGCACGAUAACCUUAAAAAUAAAGACAACUUUAGAUUGUUUUCUUCGUUUAAAAAUAGAACAAGCACAUUCUGAAAUUAUACAAAUUAUAAUACUGUUGGGGGUUUUUUUACAAUUACUUGUUGUGGUUAAUAGUAUAUAUACUUGUCGUUAUGUAUAUUUUCUGAAAAUAUUAAAUUAUAAGAUAAUGUUCAUCAAUCAACUCAUUGGUGUUCAUUUUCAAUCAAGAUAAAAAAAAAAAUAUGAUAUCAAAAUCCAAUUACAGGAUGUUAUUUAUGUAGUUUGAUCAUUUUCCUCGACUGAUGUACUAACAUGUGGUUUAUUUUGUACAUACCGUAUUUCCUUGAAUUGCCGCCGGGUAUAUAGUAUGCGCAUGCCUCGAUUUACCGCCGGGUCAAACUUGUUUCGCAAAAUAAUUAGCGCAUGCCUAGAAUUACCGCCGGGUCAAACUCGUUUCGCAAAAUAUUUAGCGCAUGCCUAGGAUUACCGCCGGGUCAAACUCGUUUCGCAAAAUAAUUAGCGUAUGACUAGAAUUACCGCCGGGUCAAACUGGUUUCGCAAAAUAAUUAGCGCAUGCCUAGGAUUACCGCCGGGUCAAACUCGUUUCGCAAAAUAAUUAGCGCAUGCCUAGGAUUACCGCUGGGUCGAACUCGUUUCGCAAAAUAAUUAGCGUAUGACUAGAUUUACCGCCGGGUCAAACUCGUUUCGCAAAAUAAUUAGCGCAUGCCUAGGAUUACCGCCGGGUCAAACUCGUUUUGCAAAAUAAUUAGCGUAUGACUAGAAUUACCGCCGGGUCAAACUCGUUUUGCAAAAUAAUUAGCGCAUGCCUAGGAUUACCGCCGGGUCAAACUCGUUUCGCAAAAUAAUUAGCGCAUGCCUAGGAUUACCGCCGGGUCAAACUUGUUUCACAAAAUAAUUAGCGUAUGACUAGAAUUACCGCCGGGUCAAACUCGUUUCGCAAAAUAAUUAGCGCAUGCCUAGGAUUACCGCUGGGUCGAACUCGUUUCGCAAAAUAAUUAGCAUAUGACUAGAAUUACCGCCGGGUCAAACUCGUUUCGCAAAAUAAUUAGCGCAUGCCUAGGAUUACCGCCGGGUCAAACUCGUUUCGCAAAAUAAUUAGCGUAUGACUAGAAUUACCGCCGGGUCAAACUCGUUUCGCAAAAUAAUUAGCGCAUGUCUAGGAUUACCGCCGGGUCAUUCGUUUCGCAAAAUAAUUAGCGUAUGCCUAGAAUUACCGCCGGGUCAAACUCGUUUCGCAAAAUAAUUAGCGCAUGCCUAGGAUUACCGCCAGGUCAAACUCGUUUCGCAAAAUAAUUAGCGUAUGACUAGAAUUACCGCCGGGUCAAACUCGUUUCGCAAAAUAAUUAGCGCAUGCCUAGGAUUACCGCCGGGUCAAACUCGUUUCGCAAAAUAAUUAGCGUAUGACUAGAAUUACCGCCGGGUCAAACUCGUUUCGCAAAAUAAUUAGCUCAUGUCUAGGAUUACCGCCGGGUCAAAUUCGUUUCGUAAAAUUGUUAGCGUAUGUCUAGGAUUACCGCCGGGUCAAACUCGUUUCGCAAAAUAGUUAGCGUAUGACUAGAAUUGCCGCCGGGUCAAACUCGUUUCGCAAAAUAAUUAGCGCAUGUCUAGGAUUACCGCCGGGUCAAACUUGUUUCGCUAAAUAAUUAGCGUAUGACUAGAAUUACCGCCGGGUCAAACUCGUUUCGCAAAAUAAUUAGCGCAUGUCUAGGAUUACUGCCGGGUCAAACUCGUUUCGCAAAAUAAUUAGCGUAUGACUAGAAUUACCGCCGGGUCAAACUCGUUUCGCAAAAUAAUUAGCGCAUGCCUAGGAUUACCGCCGGGUCAAACUCGUUUCGCAAAAUAAUUAGCGCAUGCCUAGAAUUACCGCCGGGUCAAACUCGUUUCGCAAAAUAAUUAGCAUAUACCUAGAAUUACCGCCGGGUCAAACUCGUUUCGCAAAAUAAUUAGCGCAUGCCUAGAAUUACCGCCGGGUCAAACUCGUUUCGCAAAAUAAUUAGCAUAUGCCUAGAAUUACCGCCGGGUCAAACUCGUUUCACAAAAAUAAUUAGCAUAUGCCUAGAAUUACCGGCGGGUCAAACUCGUUUCGCAAAAUAAUUAGCGCAUGUCUAGGAUUACCGCCGGGUCAAACUCGUUUCGCAAAAUAAUUAGCGCAUACCUAGGAUUACCGCCGGGUCAAACUCGUUUCGCAUAAUAAUUAGCAUAUGCCUAGAAUUACCGCCGGGUCAAACUCGUUUCGCAAAAUAAUUAGCGCAUGCCUAGAAUUACCGCCGGGUCAAACUCGUUUCGCAAAAUAAUUAGCGUAUGACUAGAAUUACCGCCGGGUAAAUCACGUACCUACUACGUUUUAUAUAACUGCAAUUCUUAUUAUUAAUAUUGUGUUAGUUUGUAGUGGUGGAGAUCUGACUUUUUGUUAUUGGAGUUGCGUCUUUCAAAGCACUUUAUUUUGAAAAAAUGUUUUAUUAAUAUAGCUGCGUCUGUCAAAUAUGAGUCAUUUUGAUGCAGUUGUACGAGUAACAUUUCAGAAACAAAUCAUGAGCUAAGAAAACCUGCUAACAGGCGGUAAUAAUGUUAUUUUAAUUGCCUUUUCAGACCCAAACAAAAAGAACUCCGGGGAUGAUUCAUUGUGCUUUAAAUUUUAUUGCGGCAUUAAGCGAUGUCAUGAUGGUAUCCUUACAUCACACUCAAAUUUAUAAGCGCAUGCCUAAAUUUACCGCAUGCCUUUGGUAAGCGCCGUAGUGAGAAGAGGUUUUAAAUUAAUUACCGCCCGGGCGCUAAUUCAAGGAAAUACGGUAUGUAGCAUCAUCUACAAAGAUACAAAGAAUUGCUAUUGCGACAUCUAGUGGACACAUUUAGAGCAGCUGUUUCUUUCAUUCAAAAAUGUCAGGUUAAUUUCUAUACUUAGCAAACUCAUCCCGUGGGCCGGAUCCGGCCCUCGGACCGUACGUUUGGCACCCCUGUUCUAGUAGAACUCUUCUCAGCAUGAAUACACUCAAAAGACGAGCGUUUGCGACACAGCCUGCUAACUGCUAAUGUGACGUUUGCUACAUAGCGUUGUUAUCCUUCAAAGAAAAUACUGGUAGGAAGAUAAGUUUUGAUUUGACCAUGUUUCUCCUUUACGUAGUGCAGAAAAUAGUUCUAUAAUUCCUAACCGUCUGUAAGGCCAUGAAUGUGUUCAAGUGAGGAAGGCAAGGUCGAGCCAAUGUGUGU